UUUGUCCUUUCUUUUUCAUUCUCCAUACACUAAAUGCUCUUUGCCUUCUCCAUAUGUCCCAGCCCUAGCUUCCUUCCUUCCUUUUUAGUUACUGAAAGUUUCUGCUGCCAUUUCUUCUCCAAUUAGGGUUUCCUCUUUCAAGACUCAAUUUUCAGUAACGAAACAUCUUAAACUUUUAUCAUUCAAUGUCAACACUUCUAUUGAUCUGGGAAUUGAAGAAUCAAAUAACAGGUCUUGAAAGAACUCACACAAGGGGAAAGAAAGGGGUGCUACUACCCUAUAGCCUUAUUCUCUUCUGAUCAAGAAACCUAGAUCACAAACAGUAGUACUAAAAGAUGGCAUCAUCAAGCUCUUCUGGAUCACCCUGUGCAGCCUGCAAGUUCUUGAGGAGGAAAUGCAUGCCUGGUUGCAUCUUUGCACCAUAUUUCCCUCCAGAAGAGCCACAGAAAUUCGCGAACGUACACAAGAUUUUUGGUGCAAGUAAUGUGACAAAGUUACUCAAUGAACUUCCCCCUCAUCAAAGAGAAGAUGCAGUGAAUUCUCUUGCUUAUGAAGCCGAAGCACGAAUGAAGGAUCCAGUUUAUGGUUGUGUUGGAGCUAUUUCAGUUUUGCAAAAUCAAGUUCAAAGGCUCCAAAAAGAAUUAGAUACUGCUAAUGCUGAUCUGAUCCGAUUUGCUUGUACUGAUACUCCGGCACCGAACGCAACAAUGGCGCCGAUGCCACUUCACCAGAGGUCAUCUGCAAACCAGAACCUUUUUUAUCAAGGUUCUGGUUUGCCUCUUCCUUACCCUCCUCCUCCAUGGCCUGAUAACUCUUCAGGAGAUAUUCAUGAUGGUUGAGAAGCAUCUAGCUA